AGUGUCAUGACAAACGCGGGGGAAAGCUCUAUGCCACAGCAGCGCCUGCAGCAGAGGAAGGAUUCCCGCCUCCACAUCACCCCCCCACCCCACUGCUGCUCUCUCCAGCCAGCAAUUUCCUCUCAGGUUCUGGAUUGGUCUAAAGUGAGACAGAGGGUUGGAAAAGAGCCUCUAUAUAUGCCUCAGAGGGCAAAGCAGUCCCAGACAGUUUUGAAGUUUUCAAAAACUUGUUCUGCUGGUAAGAAGUUGUCCUCAAAGCUGAGGAGCGAAGCCACUUGCCAAAAUGUGUAAAGGACUUGCAGCUUUGCCCCACUCAUGCCUGGAAAGGGCCAAAGAGAUUAAGAUCAAGUUGGGAAUUCUCCUCCAGAAGCCAGACUCGGUUGGUGACCUUGUUAUUCCAUACAAUGAGAAGCCGGAGAAACCAGCCAAGACCCAGAAACCCUCAACUGAUGAGGCCCUGCAGUGGCGUGAUUCCCUGGACAAGCUUCUGCAGAACAACUAUGGACUGGCCAGUUUCAAAAGUUUCCUGAAGUCUGAAUUCAGCGAAGAAAAUCUUGAGUUCUGGAUUGCCUGUGAGGAUUACAAGAAGAUCAGGUCCCCUGCCAAGAUGGCUGAGAAGGCAAAGCAAAUUUACGAAGAAUUCAUCCAAACAGAGGCCCCUAAGGAGGUGAAUAUUGACCACUUCACUAAGGACAUCACAAUGAAGAACCUGGUGGAAGCUUCCUUGAGCAGCUUUGAUGUGGCCCAGAAAAGAAUUCAUGCCCUGAUGGAAAAGGAUUCGCUGCCUCGCUUUGUGCGCUCUGAGUUUUAUCAGGAGUUAAUCAAGUAGCUGUUUAGUCGGGCUCUGAAAAUCAUCCUGUGAGUUAUUUCCUCCAUAAUAACCCUGCAUUUUCCAGCAAUCUAUGUAUCUUUCCACAGCAGCUUUGCUCAAAGGUAUCAAAACAGGAACAAUACCAGGAUGUUUAUCUUUAUCUAUUAUCUGAAUGCCUUCUUUCCCCAUUUUAUUCUUCCUGACCAUUCUUAAUUAAGCUCUGCUCAGUUUGUAGUCAGAUCCAGUCAGAACCACAGAAAAAUUCUGCCUAAGGCAAAGAAAUAUAAGACAAGAAUCUGAUAUCAUGGGAUAUGCAUUUAGGUAAUAGAUGUCCACCUAGACUGAUCUGAAAAAGAAUGUGGGUGUGAAAAGGCUACAUUCAAGAGUGCUUAAUUGAUCUCGCUUGUUUUAAUUCUGAUCUAGGGAGAGAGGUUGCCUCCGUUUCUGAACAUGGUUAAAGGUAAUAAGAUUUUUAUUAGGCAGCCACCAUUUGAUAUUUUAAGCAAAUACAUUAUUUAAAAUACUGAUCUUUCCCUUGGAGCACCUUUAUAUUAGCUGAGUAUGAAAAGUAAGAGACAUAACCAUGUAUAAAUUGUGGUUAUACAAAAUCGAUCUGAACACAAUUCUUCUUGAUUCUUUCCUUAGACCUUGCUCACUGACCCCUGCUGCAAAAGUUACCAAAUUCUGUUUUUAAUCCAUCACCUAAGGUCAACAAUGAAUUAUUUUAUAAAUGUUGCUAUUCCCCUAGGAUGUACAUCAAAUGCUUCAAUUUUCAAAUUAUUUAAAAUCCUUGUAAAUGUAAAAUCCUCAAAUUUCUAUAUUCAAUUGUAUAAAAUAAAGCUGUUGUUCCAUGGGAGUAGUCUCCCGCCUCACUAUCAAGAGGGCUAUACACCAAGAAGUGACAAUAUCAUCAACCCUAAAAUGGCUAAUUAUCCUAUGAUGUUAUUAUCAUAGGAUAAUAGUUAUUUUCAAAACAUCAAAUUAUUUUUGGAAAACAGUGUGACUAUAUGUAGAUACUGUCUGAGUGAGACAGUUUUAAAGGACCCUGCACUUUUGCAAAGGAAAAAAAGUAAUCUUUAGGCAACUUCUAUUUUCUCUCACUGUUUUGCUUCCUGCAUUAGUCAAUUGUAGAGUCAAAAGCGCAGAUUUAUACUCCUGACAUGCCUCAUACACAGGUUUAAACUUUAAAUGCUGUAUUUCAUUAUAAUUAGUCUUGCUCAAAUUUUUUCUAGUCUUUGAUAGGUUUAGUUAAGUAAUGAUUCACAUAAUUUAGUAGUAAAUAAAAUCAAACUAAACCAUGUUUGAGGGUAAUCAAGAUAAGGGUAUUGAGUUAAUUCAGAAGAAAGAGGGCUUUUUUUAAGGACUAAUAAAAUUCUGAAAUGUUUAAGUAGAAGAUUACAUUGUCUAGUCUUGUAUUUCUUUCUUUUGUUUUCCUUUUUCAUUCACAUACUCCUAGUUUCCCAUAUGUGUAGCUCACUUAUUCAGUUAUUUGCAAAGAAUAUUGAAAAUAAAGCAACUAUGUUACUCAUUCUUCAGGCAAACAUGAACUGUGCUGGUUGGAAUCUCUCUAUUUUUGUUAUUUUUAAAGGAUAAUAUAUCCUUCCUGAAUACUUGCCCUUUCACGUUCUGAAAUGGGUAGAGUACUGGGUGUGCUGUCAACAAUUGCUAGUGGUAUGAACUCAUUAAUAUUUGUCAGUGUUGCUCACUUCAAAGAAAGUCCUUCAUCCAGCAGUCCAGAGCUAUACCAGAUCAACAUUGUAAUCAUGGAGUUCCCAUCGCAUGUGUGUGUGUGGGAUUGACAAGGAACUCAGAGAAAAAUUUCCAGGGUGUACUUCCCGCACCAUCUUCAAUAUCUGUCUACACUGCCCAAAAUUAUUAGAAAAAGUCUCAGCCAUUUAUUUGUUCAUGCAGCUAAAACUGGUAGGAAUCUAAGAAUCUAGGCGAGUUAUUUUUUCUUGGACACCAAAACAUUUUUAGGAAAAAAA